AUGUCAAACUCAUCAACGAACGGGGACUAUUAUAUGAACACGGACUUUUCUUCCCAUUACUACAUUCCAGACGAGGAAAAGGCAGCUACGCAGUACUUGGAAGACCAACAAUCUGGUAAAAUCGAUUGGGAAGAAUUGCAGGCGGAAUUGGCAUUAGCUCAAAUUCCAACUGAUUUUACAUUCGAUCCCAGCUCUCAAGGUGUUAGUAAUGGUUCCACUUCCACUUCUGGUUGA